CAAGCCUGACCCUGCCGGCUGCCCCGCCCGCCGGAACACGCAACCACCCCACCCGCGCGCCCACUGAGGAGAAACACCGGCUUUACCUAUAAAACAGCGAGCACGUCGCCGUCCACCCGGCCCAGACCUCACCCCAGGCCCCAGCACAGCGCAAGCAGCUGGAUAUCACUCUGCUCCACUACUCUCUAGCUAACUAGCUUGAAGGUAUGGGGAUGGAGGCCAGGUACGUGAAGGUGGCGUCCCGGUUCUUCCUCGUCGGGAAGGGGAACGCCGGCGACGGCCGCGAUGGUGAUCGCCAUCACUUCCUCCAUGCCUGCUUCCUGUGCAAGAGAAACAUCACCUCCAACCGCCACAUCUUCAUGUACAAGGGCGACGCCGCGUUCUGCAGCGACGACUGCAGGCAGGACCAGAUGGACAUGGACGCCGCGCUCAAGGCCGCGGCGCGCCGCCACCGCCUGCUGCUGCGCAGCACGUCCUCGCCGGCGUCGUCGACCGCGAGCCCGCCGGUGGCGAUGGCCCGGCGGCCGACCUUCGCUGGCCACGCCCCCGUCGUGUCCGGCUAGCAGCUAGCUAGAUAUAGACAUAGUGCAAGAUAAGCUAGCUUUUGGAGAAGGAUGUACGUAUCCGGCUCGGUCUGUGUAUAUUUUUGCCAUCUCGGAUGGUUUCGUGA